AGCGAAGAUAAUUUUCUGGAAGAAUAUGCGCGCGCAUUUCGUUUCACGUGCAAAAUAUCAACAUGGCGGACGAAAUUAAUGAAAGUUGCUCUUUUCACGAAAUGGGUUUAGACGGUCGAUUGGUCAAGGCUAUUGCCAAGUUGAACUGGUCACAACCUUCUCCAAUCCAGGAAAAAGGAAUUCCUUUAGCUCUCGAAGGGAAAGACAUCUUAGCAAGAGCCAAGACUGGAUCUGGCAAAACUGCAGCGUAUGCAAUACCACUGAUACAGAGAAUCCUACAAGAUAAACAGACAAAUUCUUCCAGCACUGGUGUUAGAGCUCUUGUGUUAGUACCCACCAAAGAACUAUCAAAGCAAGCACACAGAAACAUCAAGGCUAUUGCCAAGUUGAACUGGUCACAACCUUCUCCAAUCCAGGAAAAAGGAAUUCCUUUAGCUCUCGAAGGGAAAGACAUCUUAGCAAGAGCCAAGACUGGAUCUGGCAAAACUGCAGCGUAUGCAAUACCACUGAUACAGAGAAUCCUACAAGAUAAACAGACAAAUUCUUCCAGCACUGGUGUUAGAGCUCUUGUGUUAGUACCCACCAAAGAACUAUCAAAGCAAGCACACAGAAACAUCAAGGAAUUAUCCUCUUACUGCUCUCGGGAAGUCAGAGUUGCCGAUGUUGCACAGGGAAAUCUUGCUAGUACAAAGUCACUGUUGAUGGAGUGUCCUGACAUAGUGAUUGGAACACCAAGUGCAUUACUUGGUCACGUGCAAGCCAAAAAUCUUGAUCUUAAAGCCAGUCUGCAGAUACUGGUCAUUGAUGAAGCUGACCUCGUCUUCUCGUAUGGCUAUGAACAUGAUCUAAAGACUCUUCUAAGCCAUCUUCCAAAGAUUUAUCAGUCAUUCCUGAUGUCUGCAACUUUAAGUGAGGAUGUUACAGCUUUAAAGAAACUUGUCCUCCACAAUCCAGUUAUCCUCAAGCUGCAGGAGUCACAGCUUCCAUCUGAUGACAAACUCACACAGUAUUUUAUAAAAUGUGAAAUGGAUGAAAAGUUCCUCUUGAUAUACACUCUUCUCAAGUUAAGACUUGUUCAAGGGAAAACUAUUUUGUUUGUCAAUGGAAUUGACAGGUGUUACAGGCUGAAACUCUUUCUUGAGCAGUUUUCAAUCAAAGCUUGUGUAUUGAAUUCUGAAUUACCACACAACUCAAGAUUACAUAUAGUAGAGGAAUUCAACAGAGACAUCUAUGACUACAUCAUAGCAUCUGAUGAAAGUGUGUUUGAUGCUGUGGCCUCGACAUCUACAAAUGUAAAGAAAAAGAAAAAGAGAAAGAAAGACAAAGAGUAUGGGGUGUCAAGAGGAGUAGAUUUUCAAGGAGUUGAAAAUGUUAUCAAUUUUGACUUCCCUGCAGCUGUUGAUGCAUAUAUUCACAGAGUAGGAAGGACAGCUCGAGGUGAUAAUGUGGGUACUGCCUUGUCGUUUGUGACUGCAAAUGAUUACAAAAUACUGAAAAAAGCUGAAGAGGAAUUAACUAAAGAGAUCACAGGAGAGAAAAAAGAGAUUUUUAAGCCGUAUCAAUUUAGAAUGGAGGAGAUUGAAGGAUUCAGAUAUCGAGCACAGGACGCACUUAGAGCUGUAACAAAAUCAGCAGUUAAGGAAGCACGACUUAAAGAAAUCAAAUCAGAAAUAUUAAAUUCUGAGAAAUUAAAGGCAUAUUUUGAAGAUAAUCCAAGAGACUUGCAAGUUCUCAGACAUGACAAAGAUCUUCAUCCCACAAGAAUCCAACCUCAUUUAAAAAACGUCCCCGAAUAUCUCGUUCCUCCUACUCUUCGACCUUCCAUGGCGAAAUCUUCUCGGAAGAGAAGACGUCCUCACAUGUCAUCACAAAAGAACGCUCACAGUACACAUGGCGGCAAGAAGCGUAAGAUGGAUCCAUUGAAGAGUUUUAAAUAUCAAAAACAUCAUCAGAAGGGGAGUAAGGGACACGGGAAAGGUAAGAAAGGUUGAACAACCAUGGCUAUACCUUUCUCUGCCUUGCGUGGCUCGACUGUGAAGAAGCCUGGGUAGAUUAUCACGACUGAGUUCUUCGACUCGUCCCAGACUUUACACAAGCAAUGGACGUGAUUGGUCGCUAUCGAUGACGUCACAUAAUUGUGAAAGUUUUGACCUGACCGAGGUCCAUUGACUGAAAGAAAAAGAGUUCAUGCAGUAAAUGUAACAUGACUCUUGCUGACUACUGCAGAAAUGUUGUAAAGAACAGCAGCAUCUUAAAGAUCAGCCUGCUUCUGCAAGGUUGUUCCUUUUUCUUUUUGUAGGCAGGUUUCUCGUUGAACUACAGCUUAUCGCUUUUCUUCAAGUUCUCUCAGGACUGACUACUGCCAUUGAACCGGCAGAUCUAAAUAACCUGAUUCAAGUUCGUUAACUCGAGACGGUACCUCGUGACCUGUAGAUAUUAUAUCAGGGGCGACCUGCGCCCUUCACACGGUUCUUUAUAAUUGGCCAAAGGAAAGAGCAGGUAAACAACACAAACAAUGGCGCUACCCCAAAGAACAAAAGAGGUGCAGAUUAACAAGAAUGAACCAGAAUAGAGGUUUUAAAGACAUGUUUUAUCGCCCUACCGUCUUCAUCGGUUCUACUUUUAUGUUCAACACCUGUCUUCAAUUUGGAAUAAAUUAUGUUGUUUCGUGGAAUAAAUUAUGUGAUUUGUAACAAUCGUCUAAAAAUAAUCUGAGAGGAAGUUUACAGCAUUGUCCAGAUGAUUUCAGUACUGACAUUUCUCCUUUAACGCGGAAAAUUCCCUUGUAACUACUUGGCGGAUUGCCAAAUAUAUGAAUGCACAAAAGGCAGUUUAAAAUUAUGUUAUCUGGAGUAAAUAGAUUUAAAAAUAAUCUGAUACAAUCGUCUUAUUUUCAAGUGUUGGAAGUUGUCCAAAUUUCGUUGUUUGUUUGUUUUCUUUUUCCAAAUUUGCUCCAAUUUUUUUCGCCGUUUCUUUUCCUAAUAUCCUUUCUACAUUUCUUUGUGCUCAUAUCAAAUGUCGUUUUCCAUGGCAAGAUUUGAACUAGUCCUAACCAACUGAGACCUAUUGGAAAUGAAUGAUUGGUCGGCACUGUGAUUUGCUGCUGAUUGUGGCCAAAUUUUGCAUUUGACCAAUUAUAAUGCGCUUGAAAUAAGUUGUAAACUAAUGUAUUCAAAAAUAACUGUACGUGUGAAACUUUCCUUCGUCAAGCAACGUUUUGCCGAAUGAAUCGAUGCUGAUGUUAUGAGAAAGCAAUGGCAACUUGGGAAUAUUUGAGCAAGUUAUGGUUUACGGGAAGCGGAAAAGCUGGACGUUUUGUCUGUGAAAGGUAGUUUAACAAAGGGAAAGUUACUCAAAGGAAUGACCGGUCAAACACUCAGUGACGCCACAAGUAACCCUCGAGCAGUUGAACUUAACAUGCGGAUGGCUUGCUUCUUCAUAACGUAACUAGCCUCCUUUAUAUCGUUCAGUGAUUAAUUAUACUAUAAGCGUUCUUUGUGAGCCUAGAAAUUUUGAGUGCAGUGUUAAAUCGAAUAUAUAUGUGAUUGCACGGCAAAGGAGAACCUUGUUGGGAAAUUCUCUAUGAGUAUUUAUUGCUCCGCGCACAUUAAUUGUUAUCAAUGGGUCCGUGACUACUUACUAUUGCUACAAGAUAGUUUGGUUGCUUCAUGAUUUCUCCACAGAACAAGCUAGAACAGGUUAUGAUCAUUUAUCUAAUCUUGGGCACGAGGUCAGUUAAGUUACUAGGGGAGCAGGGAUGGCACAGUGGUUAUGUGGGUUGAAUUUGUUGUCGGUUCUCUCCUUGCUUCGAGGGUUCUCCGGUUUUCCUCCGUACACAAAAACCAACAUAGAAGAUGAUGUGGCUUCCUCUCUAAAUAUUGUACUUUAUUAAUUUUUAUUGCAAUAGGUAUUUUGCGUCCCUUUAAUUCCGAAUGAUCGACUUGUCCUUGUCAAGCAGAUCGAGGGAGGGAAUUAAAAAAAAAGUCAUCAAUCGGGGGAUAUUGAUUGCUGUACCACAAGAUUUGUACCACAAAUAUCGAAAGAUUUGUAUUGUUUAUCAACAAACUACACCACACCCUAGCUCCCUCUUUCCCGUACAAUAAUGAGCCGCAAUGAGUGCAAUUUGUCUUUACUGUUUUGGCAGUUUAUGAACGGUUUCACUGGCGAUGGAGCAACUCGCAAAAAAUUCAGUGGAAAUAGACCUUACUACCUAUAAUCUGAAAGUAGAGAUAACGACGUUUUAUUUUGCGAGCCAAAACUGUUUUUCUCGUUUCUGACUGCUUGCAAUAAUAUUUCUUGUGACGUUUUCUGCCUCAUUCAUGGUCUACAAUGUUCGUGUUGCGCGGUUAUUUUAAAAGAUGUUUUCACGUACCAAAUCAGGUUAAGUCAGCAUAAUUUACCUUGAAAUUGAAGGAAACCCAAAACGAAAAGUUUGUCAGUUAUAAAACAUGAAAGAGUUAAUUAAUGAUUAACCAAAACGGAAACAAGGCUGGUUAACAGUGGGAAAGAUUGAGAUGGAUUUAAAACAAUUUAGUUGAAUUCAACUUCGAUAAAACAAUGAAAAAAUAUCAUCACUACUCAUAUUAACUUUCGUCAGUUUUGCUUCCAACCUUUCUUAAAAAGAAAUGUAUUGUUUACAAUUUGGCGCAGUUUUAAUUAGUUUUUCGAAAGUGACAAACGAAAGGGGAAAUCUAUCUGCCUUUAUCUCACACAAAGAGUGUUUCCUUUAUUAUUCUUCACAAAUAGUAUUGGUCUUAUUAUAAAAUUGCGGACUAUCUGUAAGGCUAUAGUUAAGUUAUAAAUUCCAUGAUACAAAAUACUGUUAACUAAAACAAAUAAAAAAUUGCCACUAAAGCGGUUCAUAUACAUUUAAAACACACUCGUGGUCUGUUAGUGCACAGAUGACAUCAGUGUAGAAGGGUUUUGAAAUCAAGUCCAGACCAUUGUCUACUUAAACUCGAAAUGACUCCCUUACAGAACAAUUUUGUAAAGUUAAAAACAUUGCUCGACAGUGAAGAAAAUGACGAGCACCCCGUCCCUUUUAUAUGGGAGUCCCCUCCCCCUCAGGGGCAAUUCAUGAAACUAACAAAUUUAAA